AUGCCUGAUAGAUCAAGUCACUCUUCAAAGAAGAGAAAGGGUGGUGGAAAAUAUGGGAAACAGGCCAGUCGCGUCGCGAUUGAAUCUGGCGAUGUAGGUGUCUUUGUGACAUGCGAUAUGGGCAGAGAGGGAAAAUGCCUGUCUGAGGCAGUAGAUAUUUUUACUCAGGCCAUCGAGGGCACUGAAAAUCAAAAGGAAGAGGAUCACGAUACGGAUGAUGAAGAUAUCGAGGCCCAGAUCCGAAGGGAACUGGAGGGCCUACAGCCCAGCAAAAACAAUACUCGUCAAUUCCAGCCCGUGCAGAUGGACAUGCCGUGUGUUACAUUCAUGCGUCUGGAUCCCUCAAUAGACCCGGUACAGCUUGUGCACCGUCUGUGUAGCGAAGCACAUGCCCAUCCGGAGACUAAGAAAAGCCGAUGGAUCAAGCGCAUGCAUCCAGUCACAUCAAUCCGGAAGACCCUGAGUGUGGACUUGGCGGCUUUUUCGAAAGAGAUUCUCAAGCCUCAUUUCCAUUCGGGUGGGCCACCAAAGACGUAUGCCAUUCGGCCUACUGUGCGGGGCAACUCGAAGCUCAAUCGAGACGUUAUUAUCAAGACUGUUGCCGAUGCUGUCGGGCCUGAGCAUCCGGUGAAUCUGAAGAAUUAUGAUCUAAUGAUCCUCGUUGAUGUUGCCCAAAAUGUGAUUGGAAUGAGUGUAGUGCCAGGUGAUUAUGAUAAGCUAAAGCGGUUCAACUUGGCCGAAAUCUACGAUCCUUCACCAAAAGCAGAGCCGGCCACUGAGUCUAAGGCUUAG